AUGACGUCCAACUACGAAUUUCAAUCCUAUUCAGCAUCUUCAUCAAGCGGUGGUGCUGGUGGAGUAGAUGCUAACGGACUUUUCUCACAAGUCGAUGCCAACAAAGAUGGAUCAAUCGACCGUAAUGAAUUUUCAAGCUGGAUCGGCAAUUCGCUCGCAGCUGGACAAGCAGGAGGAGCUGGUGCUGGUUAUGGAUCAUCCUCGUACGAAUCAUCAAGCUUUUCAUCAUCAGCUGGUGGUUUAGCUGGUGCCGAAGCUGGAUUGGCUGGCGGUUCAUUCGAAUCAGCAAGCUUCUCAGCCAAUGGUGCUCUUGAUGCUGGUCUUGCCGGCGGCAGCAGCAGCUACCAAUCAUCAUCAUUCGAAUCAUCAACCACCGGUGGUGCUGCUGCUGGUUUCGAUGUUGCAGCUGUCAACCAAGCUGCUAGCUACACAUCCGAAACCAAUGCAGCCUGGUCUAAAUAUGGUGCUGAAGUACGAGGUGCUGGCCUCUACGUUGAUGCCAACCCACAAAUCAUUCGACGACAAGCACCAGGUGGUGUUCAAACCUACACACAGAACAUCAAAGUUCGAUUCCUUCAACCACCACCAAUCCCACCACCAGGCCCACUCAUCAUUAAAGAAGUGCGACCACCUCAACCACCCCCACCACCACCUCUCCGCAUCAAACAACAAGCUCCACCUCUCCCACAACCACCUCCACUCAUCCUCCGUGAAAGACCACCACAGCCACCAGCGUCAGUUGCCUCACAAACUGUCGUUCGUAAACUCGCUGCUUUACCUGUUCCACCACGAUCAGUCAUCAUCGAACGUCUCCCAGCUGCUCCAGCUCGCCCACGUGAUAUCAUCAUCGAACGAUGGGUCCCAUACGGAGCUGCUGCUAAACGAAAAACCAUCGUUCAACGUGCCGAAGCCGCCAAAGGUUACGCUGCACCACGCAACGUCAUCAUCCAAUACGAACAAGCUCAAGUCCGUGUUGUUCGUCAAUUCCAACGCUUGGGUGUUACUCAAGAAAACCCACAAGCUUAUGUUCAACGUUAUGGAGCUCAAUUACUUGACGCCCAAACACUCGUUCAACAAGCUCGUGCUGCUGGUGUUGUUGAAGAUAUUUCACCACCCGCUGUUGCUGGAGCUGUCGCUAGCUCAUCAUCAUUCAGCGCAGAAUCAUCAUUCAGCUCAAGCGGUGCUGCUGGAGGUGAAUUCGCCACUGGUUUGGUUGGUGGAGAUUUAGCUGCUGGUGGUUCAUCAUCAUUCUCAUCAAGCACCUUCGAAAGCUCAACUGGUGGAGCUGCUGGCUUCGGAGCUGCUGGUUUCGGAGCUGCUGGAUUCGAAGCUGGUGCAGCUGGAUUUGAAGCUAGUGCUGCUGGAUUUGAAAGUGGUGCUGCUGGUGGUUUCAGCUCAUCAAGCUACGAAUCAUCAUCAUUUUCCUCAGGUGCAGGCGGUGCUGCUGGUGGUCUUACUGGAUUUGAUGCCGUUGGUGCAGCUUUCAACAGCGCUGACACAAACAAAGAUGGCCGUCUUGAUGCACAAGAAUUCAACAAAUUUGUCCAAGGUGGUUUAUAA